AGCCCCGCGCAGGCCCCGCCCAGGCCCCGCCCCCCGAGGGCCGCCGGGCGGGCGCAGCCGCACCGUGACGUCACGGGAGGCGCCCGGCGUGGGCGGAACCUCCUUUUGAAUCAGGUUGGCGGGAGCUGUGGCUGCUGUGCGCACGGAAGGGCUAUGGAGUCCUCCGCCUCCGGGAGUGAGAAGAAUGAAGGAGGCGCGGCGGCAGACGAGUGCGUGGAAAAGAUCCCGGUACCCAGACCACCCUCCAUUGAGGAGUUCACCAUAGUGAAGCCUAUUAGCCGUGGUGCAUUCGGGAAAGUGUACCUGGGACAGAAAGGCGGCAAGUUGUACGCAGUGAAGGUUGUCAGAAAAGCGGACAUGAUCAAUAAAAACAUGACUCAUCAGGUACAAGCUGAGAGAGAUGCACUGGCACUAAGCAAAAGCCCUUUCGUUGUGCACCUGUAUUACUCACUGCAAUCAGCCAGCAAUGUCUACUUGGUAAUGGAAUAUCUUAUUGGUGGAGAUGUCAAGUCUCUCCUACAUAUAUAUGGUUAUUUUGAUGAAGAGAUGGCUAUAAAAUAUAUUUCUGAAGUAGCACUGGCCUUAGACUACCUGCAUAGACAUGGAGUCAUCCAUAGGGAUUUGAAACCAGACAAUAUGCUUAUUUCCAAUGAGGGUCAUAUUAAGCUGACAGAUUUUGGCCUUUCCAAAAUUACUCUGAAUAGAGACAUCAAUAUGAUGGAUAUUCUCACAACACCGUCAAUGGCUAAACCUAAGCAAGAUUAUUCAAGAACCCCAGGACAAGUCUUAUCUCUCAUCAGUUCUUUGGGAUUUUACACACCAGUUGGAGAAAAAGAUCAUGACUCUACAAACAUGUUUCCGGUCCCUAAGUCUGAAGCACAACUUCCUCGAGGAUUAACCUGCCCUAUGUCCAUAGAUCAGAAGGAGCCUAGCAAACUACUAAACUCAUGUCUUGAGAACCUUGCUUCCAAUCCGGAAAUGCCUGCUAAGUGUCUGACUUCUAAUCUACUGCAGUGUAGGAAAAGACUGGGUACAUCCAGUACUGGUAGUCAGUCUCAUACCUUCAUAUCCAGUGUGGAGUCAGAGUGCCACAGCAGUCCCAUAUGGGAAAAAGACUGCCAGGAAAGUACCAAGUCAUCAGGCUGUACAAUGAUGAGCUGGAAUGCAGUUGAAAUGCUACAUGCAAAAUCUACAAAUGCCAUCGAGACAAAAAUGGAGCUUGAGUUAGUGCCUUCUCCCAUUCCUGCCACUGGAAGCAAUCACAUGAAUCUCCCUAGGAAAUGCUUCUCUGGGGAAACCUCUUGGGAAGCAAGGGAACUGGAUAUAAAUAAUGAGAACAUGGCCAUUGACACGAGACAGUCUGGUUUGCAUCAGUCCAAUCAAUGGGCUAUAAAACCUAGUAGUAUGUCUGAAGAACAACUUGGUAAAAGACAUUUUAAAAGAAAUUUCCAAUUGGUCGACUCCAGUCCUUGUCAGGAAAUUAUACACAGUAAAAAGAACUGUAUAGAGUAUAAUGAGCACAAUAAGGAAAGGAUAGGUUGCUAUGCAAAUCAAAAUACAGGCAUGACAACCGAAGUCCAGAACCUUAAGCUAUCACUUUGCAGAAGUCAGCAAAAGGACUAUGCUAAUAAGGAGAACAUUGUCACCUAUUUAACUGAUAAACAAACCCCAGAAGAACUGCAUAUACCAAUGAUAGCAAAAAACCUUAUGUCUGAACUAGAUGAAGAUUGUGAGAUGACUAGUAAAAAGGACUGCCUAAAUUCUAAUUUUGUAUAUUCUGAUGAUGAUAGAGCUUCUAAAACUGUCUGUGUGGAUUCAGAUUCAUCUUUUCCUGGAAUUUCUAUGAUGGAAAGUUCACUGGAAAUUCAGAACUUAGAACCAGAUAAAAGUGUCAAAGAAGACUCAUUUGAAGAAUCAAAUAAUGAAGAUGUACUUGUGUUACCAAAGUGCCAAGAAAAUUCCUUGCCAAAAGAUGAUUGGCAUUCUUCUAUCCAAGACAGUAGCCAAAUGUUAGCUCCUUCAAAGGUGUUGAAAACAUUAGCCUCUAAAACAAAUGUUGUAGCUUUUCGAAGUUUUAACAGUCAUAUUAAUGCAUCCAUUAACUCAGAACCAUCCAAGAUGAGCAUAACUUCUUUAGAUGCUAUGGACAUUUCCUGUGAUUACAGUGGCUCAUAUCCCAUGGCUUUGACCCCUACUCAGAAAGGAAGGUCCUUUAUGUCACAGCAGACACCAAAUCAGGUCAAGUUGGGAACAUCAUACAGAACUCCAAAGAGUGUGAGAAGAGGGGCAGGACCAGUGGAUGAUGGACGAAUUCUAGGAACUCCAGAUUACCUGGCACCUGAGCUCUUACUGGGUACAGCCCAUGGUCCUGCAGUAGACUGGUGGGCACUUGGAGUUUGCUUGUUUGAAUUUCUAACAGGAAUUCCCCCAUUCAAUGAUGAAACUCCACAACAAGUAUUCCAGAAUAUUUUAAAAAGAGAUAUCCCUUGGCCAGAAAGUGAAGAAAAGUUAUCUGAUAAUGCUCAAAGUGCAAUAGACAUACUUUUAACCAUUGAUGAUACAAAGAGAGCUGGAAUGAAAGAACUGAAGCAUCAUCCUCUCUUCAGUGAAGUGGACUGGGAAAAUCUGCAGCAUCAGACUAUGCCUUUCGUACCCCAACCAGACGAUGAAACAGAUACAUCCUAUUUUGAAGCCAGGAAUAAUGCUCAGCAUCUGACUAUAUCUGGGUUUAGUCUAUAGUACAUGUUGCUUUUGUUCCUUAAUACUAGACUGGUCUACAUGUCAUUAUUUUACCUAGGGUAAUGAGCUUUUAAUUACUGAAUACAACAGCUUUCACAGAGUUAAAAUACUGUGAGAAAUAUAAUCAGUAAUCUUUACCUUAGAACUGUAUGUAAAUCAUCACACCUUUUUUCAUCUUACCUUAUUUACUGCACUUUAUGAAGACCAAUGUAUCAAUAAACUAAAACGACACUACCACUCUAAAUAGAGGGCAUGAGUCAUAAGCCAGAAUCUGCUGAUUUCGUGUUUCUGUUCACUUUGGUGUUAACAUCAAAAAAGAACCAUUUCAUCUGAAUUUAAUUUAUUUGCACAUGAUUACAUGCAAAACUGUUCUCAUAGCUGUCAUUAAAGACAAACCAUGAAAAGACAAGACAUGAAAAAAGAUUUAUCAAAAUCAUUUGAGCCAGACGUGAUAGUGCAAACCUGGAGUCCCCAUAAUCAGGAGCAGGUGCAAGACAGGAAAAUGGGGGCUGGAGAGAUGGCUCAGUGGUUAAGAGUGCUGCCUGCUCUUCCAAAGGACCCGGAUUCAAUUCCCAGCACCCACAUGGCAGCUCACAACUGUCUGUAAUCCUAAGGGGUCUGACACCUUCACACUAAUGCACAUAAAAUAAAGUUAAAUAAAUAAAAAUAUUAAAAAAAAAAAAAAGACAGGAAAAUGAUUGCAAUUUUAAGACUAAGGCCAGCCAGGUCUCCUGAGCUGGUGGCCAGCCAGAACUACUUAGCAGAACCCUGCCUUGUAAAACUUGGAAACUUCUACGACUCAGCAAUAUGACUUUGCAGAGUUUGGACUAGACAAAAGAACUAAAGUUUAUACUUAUCUUACUAAUGAUACAGUUUCAAUGUUUUGAAACUUUUGGUUGUCUUUCUACAACUCUUCUUUGUUUAAAGGAGUACUGGAAAGGUUGGGUAUGAUGCUCUAAGAGAUUUUAAUAGUUUGUUCAGUUUUAAUAGAAAAAUAUUAUACUUUACAUUAUAUCGUUUCUAACAUCAUCGGAGACAAAGAGGAAUAACUACUUCUGCUUGGUAAAUAUAACUGUAACCAAUGAUUUUGAGCAUCAUUCUUUUCCAAGAAUAUGUACUAAGAAUCAGUUCACAAGUCUUAUCUUAAACUAAUUGAGGCUUUCAGCAUUUCUCUAGAAGAGCAAAGUUGAUUUAAAUGUGUCCUAAGUAAGGUUCUUGCACAUUGACUUUAGUGUUUUUAUGUUCCAUCACACUUAGUCACAGCCCAGAUAUAAUGUAGUUUGCAAAGAAGAGAGAAGCAGAAAUCUGUUACACCAACAUGCGCAGCAUAACUGGUGCUGGGGAUUGAAUCCUAACUGCACUUACUUUAGUAAUGACUACUUAGUGGUCUGGUCUCCUUUUAUAUAUAAAAAUAUUCAAAAUAUAGUUACAACAACUUCAUCUAAUAUGAGUCACUUUCAGGUGACAGCAUAAUUCUACAAUCUAUUUACAAUCUAUCUGUAUCACCCUUUUAUAGUGUUUUCAAGUAGUAGAAAGAAAAAAAGCCUUUGGAAUCAAAAAAUGGUUAACGGUUGCAAUGAUAUGGACAGGAUAAAAUUGAGUACUAAUAUAUUGGAGAAUGAUGUAAUUACUUUGGAGACUGAAGAUAACAAAUGCUUACUCAUAUGCAAAGGACCCUGUGUCCAAUCCCCAGUCACACACACAAAUAGUAACUACUUUGUAGAAUUAGAAUAAGCAGAGCCAAAUUUAGAAACAAGCUAGAAGUCAGAGGAGUCCUGGCCUCUGGCAGUUCUGGGUCCCAGCUAUUAGGAUUGUAAUGAGUCUGUAGAAGUAAGCCCCUAGUUGCUUCUUAAAUCAACUCAUUGGACAACUGAUUACAGUAAAAUUAAAUUUUGCUGUGGAUUACUGAGGGGUCCUGGCCUUCCUGGGGCUAAAUGAAUAUAGCACUGAAGUAGACAGAAAAGCAUGUAAAUGGAUGGCUGAAUAAAAAGGGAUGCAUUUAUACAAAGAAAACACUGUGCUAGAAAUGAAUUUACAAAGAGAAGGGCGGGAAGAUAUCAAGUUCUCUUCAUAGAUGAAUGACGUUUUCUACUUUUUUGGUUCUUUUGUAAGCUGGCCUAUUUUCAUAGUAGUUGGUGGAGUUUUUUUCAUUGACAGAGUAAACCAUAAACACUUUGCACAUUUAUGUUUCCUUUUUCAUUACCUAUCUGUACAGAAUGUGAUUUUUUUUAAUUAUUUCUGCUUUCAAGAUUAUCUAACCUAAGGUUCUAGCACUGUUGUUUCUUUUAACUGUGUGACUAAUUAAAAGAGAAUGGCCCCAUAGGCUCAUGUUUGAAUACUUGGUCCCUGGUUGAUGGAACUGUUGGGAAGAAUUGGGAGGUAUGUCACUGGGAGUGAACAUUGAGGUUUCAAAGACUCAAGUCACUCCCAGCGUGCUCUCCACCCUUGCUUGUAGUUAAGAUGUGAGUACUCAGAUACUGUUUCAAAAUUCCUCUGCCUGCUACCUCUGUUCCACCAUCAUCAACUCUGCCCCUCUGAAACCAUAAGAUCCAAAUAAAGUCUUUUUCAAAUCAGGGUUUCUUUGUGUAACCCUGGUUGUCUUGGAACUCUCUCUGUAGACCAGGCUGGCCUCAAAUUCACAGACACCCACCUGCCUCUGCCUCCUGAGUGCUGGGAUUAAUGGCCUGCACUACCACUGCCCAACAAGACUUUUUUUUUUUUUUUAUGCGCUGGUUUUUUGCCCAGAUGUAUAUCUGGGUGAGAGUGUCAGAACUCCUGGAACUGUAGUUGCAGACAGUUUUGAGUUGCCAUGUUGGUGCUGGGAAUUGAACCCAGGUCCUCUGGAGGAACAGCCAGUACUCUCAACCACUGAGCAAUCUCAAUAACCCCAACUUCUUUUUUUAAUAAGUUGCCAUGGUCAUGUUACCUUAAUCAUAGCAACAGAAAAGUAACUAAUAUAGAUUAUUUACAUGAAUGAGGUAAAGCAAAAAUUAGGGCCAGCAAGUGGUUCAGCAAGUAAAGGCAUUUGCCACUAAUCCUGAGCACCUGAGUUCAGUCUCCAGGAACCACACAGUAGGAGGAGAGGACUGUGAAUGUUUUUUGACAUCCAUACAUGUGCUGUGACAUGAGCACAUGCACUCCCAAAAAUAUGCAAACCAGAAACAUGACUGCACUGGACUUAUUUUUUGUCUUAGGGUUUUGAUGGCCAUGAUGAAAACACCAUGAAAAAAGAGAGUUGUGGAGGAAAGGGCUCAUUCAGUUUAUGUUCCACAACCCUGUUCAUCAUCAAAGGGAGUCAUCAUAGAAGCUCAAACAGGGUAGGAACCUGGAGCCAGGAACUGAUGCAGAACUUAGGGAGGGGUGCUCCUUACUGGCUUGCUCAGCUUGCUUCCUUAUAGAAGCCAGGACCACCAGCCCAGGGAUGGCACCACCCACAAUGGGCUGGGCCUUCCCCCCCUUUAGUUAACUAAUUAAGAAAAUGCCCUACAACCAGAUCUUAUGGAGGCAUUUUCUCAAUUAAGCUUCCCUCCUUUCAGAUAACUCUAGCCUGGGUCAAGUUUGAGAUAAAACAAGACAGCACAGCCCUGGAGUAGAAAAUUAUAGUUUGUUAUCACAGACAUAUGCAGCUACUGUCACCUAAUAGUCUGCCACCAGAUAAGGCGCUAUUGUGAUGGUAUUUACUGGAAAUAAAUGAUUUAUCUAAAUUUAUACAGGUCCAAAAACUACAUUCAGAUGCUUAUAAAAGAAAAACCAAAACAAUGAGAUAAAUGGUCUUGAUUGUUCCCCACAGAAAUAUACCUUCUGAAGAAACAGAAUGUCACCCCAAAUAUGCCUGUUUGGUGUAAACAUUGUUUAGGCUGAAGUCAAUGUGAAAUAGUGAAUACUAGGAAAUCAUCUGUCUGUAUGUGGGUAGGUAUAAAUGCCCCUUCACUGGAGACCUCUGUAGUGAGGCCAGAGAUAGCACCAGAGGAAUCUAAGCAAACCUUACUCUGUACCUUUACUUUUCCAGCUUAACAUCUGUGAAACUUAAAAUGGCAAGAGGAUUGCUGCAAGGCCGAGGCCAGCAUGAGCUAGAUAGUACAACCCUAUCUUGUUUUUUAAAAACUAAUUUUAAAAACAUAAUUAACAUUCCUUAAUUGUGUAUAUUAUUAACAUCCUCAAUCAGAUGACAAAUAGUUAAAUUGCAUUCAUUUCUGAAAUGUUUAUCAAAUUACUUAUACUACUGUGGUUUUGUUUAGUCUCAUGAACUUCUCUUUUUGCAUGGUACUGGAAUUGUACCUUUGUACCCCAGAUGCUUGGCAUGUAUAAGAGUUUUAUUUCCUGCCUGCCAUUCAGGAUUACUAUAUAUGAACUACUAUUAUGUUUCAUUUUAGCUUUGUACACAAUCAAUACAGUUAACAAAGUAAUAAAAACCAUUUCAUUUCUCAUUAACCUUUUAUUUUUAACUUAGUUUUACAAUAAACAGAAAGGCAGAUCAUUAAAAAAAUACCGUGGCUGUCAUUUUUAAAAUGAGGUUCAUGUUUUAAAGCAUUACCACUAUAUCCUAUAAUUACAUAUUUUAUAUACAAGAACUGUGUGCAAAGUGCUUUUCAAACUAUAAAGUAAUUCUUGUAUAAGAUACAAAUGGUUGCCCUUAGGAGUUAGUUACUCUUGACUACUUGCAAUGAAUCGCAACUGGUUACAUCCUUGAUUUGCGUUUUAUCUAUAUAAAAAAAAAGCCAUCAUUUAAUGAUAGCAACUUGUUUUCUAAUUUUAAAAAAAUCCUUCUAAAAAGUAGAAGAAAGAUUUGGGGGUUUUUAGUCUUAAGCAAAUGCCAGUAGAUCAUUUUAGACAGAUCAACCAAGUUGUGAUAUACAAUUUAAAAACUAAUUUACAGGGUUUUUUUUGUUUUUUUUUUUUUUUGGUAAA